AUGGUUUGUGGUCCAAACCAUGAAUUUUAUGCAGUAGACGCUAACUGGCCAGGAAGUGUACACGAUGCCAGAGUAUUAAGAAAUACUAAUGUAUUUGCUGCAUUUGAGAGUGGGUGGAGACCAUUUCCCGGAGCAGUGCUUUUAGGAGAUAGCGCAUAUCCAUUAAAAGAGUGGCUUAUUCCACCCCGUCAUCAAAACCCUAAUGAUGAAACUGAACAACGGUUCAAUCGCAAACAUAAAUCUACACGACGAUUAAUAGAAUGUAGCUAUGGAAUACUCAAAGAAAGAUUCCCAUGUUUGAACCAUCUUCGAACACAACCAUACAAAAGUGGUAUGAUUGUGAUGACUUGUGCCGUGUUUCAUAAUAUUGCAUGUUUAAUUGACCAUGAACCAACUGAGGAGUAUGUAUAUAAUGAAGAAGACAACUUCCAAAACAUAGACGAAGAGUAUCAAGAAGAGGCCCCAAAUGUUGGUGGCAUGAAUAGGGUUAACUCAUUAUUAGAUUAUUUUAGGCGUAGGGUAUAA